CACCUCCCUUUCCUCUGAUCUUUAUUAGCUCUGACACUGAAAUCUCACCUUACAAAACUCCAAACUGACAGCAAACUCUAAGCUCUACUGUACACCCUCUGGAUUCACACAGGUUUCCUCACCAGCCAUCGAGAUGUGGAUUAUGCUGUUGGGACUCGCCUCUGGAUUACUGGUCUCCUCGGGAUCAGAUGAUACCACAGUGCGCUCACGGACCUGCAGCUUUGUUGGAGUGUUUCUCGUGGAGGGGAGAGAUCGCUAUAGUCUGACAUUUGAGAAGGCUGGGAGAUUGUGUGAGCAUUUAUCAUCUUCAUUAGCCAAUCUGGAGCAGGUGGAAAAAGCCUACAGUAAAGGACUACAGACAUGCAGGUAUGGAUGGAUAAACGGCACUGAUGAGGUGGUGAUAGUCCGUCAGAAGCCAAAUAAACUCUGUGCUGGCAACCAAACUGGCAUCAUCAAGAAAACUCCAGAUAGAAAAAAAUUUGAUGCUUACUGUUUUGAUGCUAAAGAUACGUCAGAGAAGAACUGCAUAGCUCUGCUCGACCCUGAGAGUUCAAACAAAACAGAUGGUGGCUCAGCAUCUACAGAAGCCACAACACAGCGACCAAAUGCUGGAGGAGAAGAUUCUGAAAAUUCAACCUCUGAAGUCACAUCUGUGUCUGAGUCCUCUACUCCAGUUCACUGGACGCAGACCAGUCCCACACAGAGCACCGUGGAACAGAAAUACACUGAUCAGACAGAUGAUCAGACAAGCCGUUAUAUUCAUAUAGAGUCGACAACUUCACAUCCAAAUCCAGACACCACAGGGCUGUUUGAAUCAUCAACAAAUACAACAGCUGACACUUCAGAACAAGCCAUCGCAAGCAACAGGUCUAUAGACUGGCUGAUCAUUUUACUGGUCAUUUUGGCAGUUUUUUUCAUUCUGCUUCUCUGUGUUAUUGCAGCCAACAGAAAAAGAUGGUGUGGCAAGAAACAGACUCUGAUUAUUACAAAAGAGAGCAGAAGUGAAGAAAAUGCUGCAGCAGCUUCAUUGACUAAGGAGCAGGAGAUGGUCAAACUCGUGAACACGGAGAAGAUCACAGAGGACUCAGAGCUUGUCAGCGUCAGUCCAGAGAAGUGAACAGAGAUAACCCAGAUGGCAUAAGGAGAACAAAAGCCGAUUAACACUAACAACAAAUACAGAUGCACUAAUAUGCCUUAAUUAAAGCUGAAUUUAUGCACAGAUAAUCUUUAGAUAAUGUAUGAUUUAUGUAGAACUAAGCCAUACAUUAACAAUUACAUCAGCAUCUGAUAUAGUGUAUGAUUAAUAGAUUAAGAAAUAAUUAAUUAAAUAAUUAAUUAAAUGUGUCAUGUUUUAAUGCAGCACCAAGUAGGUAAUAUGGUCCAUUAUUUAUGAUUUUAAUCAAUUUGCCCAUCCUUCAAACACAUUAUUUGACAUUACAUUCACAGCACAACUGUUUUUCAAAAGUUUUUUUUAUUAAAAUUUUUGUCCUGCGUAACCAUGAGAAAGGACUUCUUACCUGUUCUCUCACGUGUCUUCUGAGUAUCAUCUGCAUCUUCAGUCUCUUUCUCUUCAUGAGCAACACUUUUACCAUCUAGACUUCUCUCAACCCUUUAUGAUCGUAUGCUUAUUAAGUAAAGUCAUAACAAUGAUACCAUCACAAAUUAUUAGCUGGAAGUUAAAAUACAUGGCUUUGAAACAUUUUGUUAAUUCAUCCACACUGUUAAUAGUAGAAUUUCAUCCAUGAUGACACAUUUAAUUAACAGAAAUUCAUAUAGGACUUAAUCUAUUAAUCGGAUAAAUUAUUAGUUGAUGAUUCAGCAAUAAUUAAUGAAUAGAUUAGUUUCUCAUGAGUCAUACAUUAAAUGUGCAUUAGUUCAGCAAUGAAUUAAUGGAUGUGCACAUGUAUUUGUAAGUGUUGCCAGUUUUACAUCAUAAAAACAUGAGCAAAGAAAGAGAUAAGUAAAAAAAAAAAAAAAAAAGAAUGAGAUGGACAUAGAUGUGAAACAAAUAUAUGUCUAUUCUGAGUUUUUGAUAGCAGCCUACUGUAUGUGUGUGUGUGGCAUCAAGAUAGCAAACUCACAUCUAUGUUGUACUUUGUUGUUUCAUAUCUCUCUAUCUAUGUUUGCUUAUUUCUUAAUAUUAAUUUUAUAGUAAAAUAUUAAAUAAGUAGUUCAAUUUAAUUUUAUACAAGAGUUUAUGUAAACCAGCAGUUUCCCCGUGCCUUUGCUUGGUAUAACACUGGUUAAAUCGGUGCUGGUCAGAUAAGUUGAAUGAUCAUUGAUAAAGAAGCAGCUAAGUUUAUUCAAUAAAGUUGUUACCAUCA